CAGUGGUAAUUUUAUUUAUCAUAAACCCGUCGUUUACUCCAACGCUUACAUGCUGAUAAUUUUAACUGAGCGCAGUGCAAGGUGAGUGAUAGUAAGGAUGACGAUGCCGCAUGUAGGGGCAGUAUUUGCAGCUAUAGCAGGAGUGAUGGCCAUCAUGUUGCACUCCUCUAUUCACAAAAUAGAAGAAGGACACCUUGCUGUCUACUACAGAGGUGGAGCCUUGCUGACUUCUCCCAAUGGUCCUGGAUAUCACAUUAUGCUGCCUUUCAUUACCACCUACAGAUCAGUACAGACUACUCUCCAAACAGAUGAAAUCAAGAAUGUGCCUUGUGGAACAAGUGGUGGUGUGAUGAUCUAUUUUGACAGGAUAGAAGUAGUUAACAUGCUGGUCCCUUCUGCAGUGGUAGACAUUGUGAGGAACUACACCGCUGAUUAUGACAAAACUCUAAUUUUCAACAAGAUUCACCACGAACUCAACCAGUUCUGCAGUGUGCACACACUACAAGAGGUCUACAUCGAGUUAUUUGACAUUAUCGAUGAGAACCUGAAGACGGCAUUACAGAAAGAUCUUAAUUGUAUGGCACCUGGCCUUACCAUACAGGCAGUCCGUGUUACCAAGCCAAAGAUCCCCGAGUCUAUCAGGAGGAACUUUGAACUCAUGGAGGCGGAGAAGACUCGUCUGCUAAUAACAGCUCAGACUCAGAAGGUUGUGGAAAAGGAAGCAGAGACUGAAAGGAAGAAGGCCAUUAUUGAGGCUCAGAAAGUGGCCCAGGUAGCAGAGAUCCAGUUCCAACAGAAGGUCAUGGAGAAAGAGACGGAGAAGAGGAUCUCUGAAAUAGAGGACGCUGCCUUCCUGGCCAGGGAGAAGGCUAAAGCUGAUGCAGAAUAUUACACUGCUGCCAAGUCUGCUGAAGCUAACUCGCUGAAGUUAACGCCGGAAUACCUGGAGCUGAUGAAGUACCAGGCCAUAGCAGCUAACAGUAAGAUCUACUUUGGCCAGGACAUCCCCAACAUGUUUGUAGAGGGAACCGACAGACCCCCAAAGUCUGCACGCUCCCCUCAUUUGCCCAACGCCGACCCAGACUUUUUUAAAACGAAGCCAGAUGGGCAGUGAGUCCACAGCUCUGCCUCUGAGAACCUGCUGAGGACUCGUCUUGUCAGUGGGGAGGGAAACACUGAACUGAAGAUGAUGGGUCAAGGAGCUUUGCAGCUAGUUUGGUGAACAACACACUUCAGUCUCGAAUCUAAAUGGCAAAGAAAGAGUUGGGAAAAUUUCAAGUGAAAGACUAGCGAAAGUAAGAAGUAGGAGAUAUAUGAGAUGACAAGGAAAGUUUCUGAAUCUUCCACUCUUUGUGAAAAGGCGUGCUUUAGGAAUGACAUUGAUGCCAUAGUUAAAAAUCAAAAGCAUACAAAUGCUUAUGCCUGGGAAGGCGACAGCAAGUGGUCGCCCUAAUUUACACGUGCUUGUGUUUAAUUUUGCUUUUGGAGCUGCAUUACUUUUUUUUUGUUGUAUGCAAGAAAAAUGAUUUGUUGAUGAAAAUGAGUUGUAGAUUUUUGAGAUUUAACUUCUGGUUUAGCUGCACUGGAAUCCGACAGGUGACACUAAUUAAACGGGGGGGGUAAAGUCAUCUCUGUGCCAUCUUCUCUUGCACUGAGCCCCUGAUUCGCUGCUCUCUACAAACAUGAAUCAGUGUGAGGACUGUUUUAUCACACCUUGUGUCAAAUUCUGCUGGUGGAUAAACUUACAACACCUUUGACAGGUUACAUACAGAUGCAUCCAAAAUGUAGUGAUUGCAGCAGCACUAGAUGGAGCCCACCUUUUAUUUCCAGACUAAAAUUAUUCAGAUAUGAGCUGUGAAAGAUCAGUAGAGUCUUGGAUGAGUGGGUCAGAUUGGUAUCGAUGAAGUAUAUUACCAGAUGUUUUCUGGUAUUGCUUAUGGUUGAGAUCUGCUGACCUACUGUCGUCUUUACUGUGACGCAAAAUGAGGAAAAAAAAGGGUGAAAAAAGGUCAAGUGUUGCUUAAAGAGAAUCAAAUUUUGUCUUUCAAGGAUGAUUAACAGCUAGUACGGGAAUGCUAUGAUGAAGCAGCUGAAUAAUAGGGGGCAGUUCCUCUGUAGGAAAUUGUGAUUUGUAUUACUUGUCAAGAAGUCAACACAUUGUUCCUUCCUCCGUCUGGUUUUGAUUAUCAGGGCCAUGCAUGUGGAAAUUUGUGCUUUGGCUUGAUUCAGAUGAUUAGUAGAGCCUGCGACUGUCUGCCAUCUCUGUUGUUAUAGAGCUUAUUCAGACGUGGUUAAAUGUAAAUUCUCAGGAAAUGUAUUUUAUUUUCGUAAGACAGCUGCUCGAUGUUGGAUGGACCGGUGCACUCUCCAAAAGUCCAAAAAAGCAAAUAACUUUGAUUUAAGGAUGAGGGAAGCUAUGGUUUAAUGUCACAUAAAAAUGGGAAAAACGACACCACCUUAAGCAAAAAUUCAACAUUUGUGUCUCUUGCAGAUACAUCCGAUGACAUUUUUAUUGAAGCAUUCAUAUUUUACUGCACCAUUUAUUUACAAUAGGUGUCUUAUUAUAGCAUUAAGAGGCUUUUGGUCAGUAAAUGUAGAAAUAAAACCAAUACAAUCUUGUUUCCAUUGUAAAUGUUUACAUUUUUGCAGUAAUAUAAGAAUUGAUGGACGACAGAGUUCUUCGGUCUUUGCUAACCAAGAUAGCUGAAAGAGUUCUACUGGCAAGUGACACAACACGUAGUUACAAUGUAGUAACGUACGCUUAGUGAGAAUUUGUUUAACCUCUGAUCAGUUUUGUAACGACAGGAGCGCCAAUACUACACAGAAACAAGCUUUGUUCUAUUUAGAGAUGAAUGUUGAUAUUGCUUGGGCUUAAAAAAAAAAGAUGCAAGUUGGUGCUAGUUCUUAUGUGUUUACGCUUUUGGAUUUUGUUCAGAUCUGUGUUUCAAAAACAUGGAAAUACUUCCACUAUUCAGAAUUUAAGCCUUAAAUAACAAUGGGUUACCCCAGACUUCCAGACUUAAAGAUUCAGUGAUUCUUAAAACUAAAAGGCUCCACUGGGGCUCGGCUGUGGGACUUCUCAAGAGCUCGGAUGUACAUACCGUACGGCUUCAUCAUAGAUUCUAGCUGAGAGAGACACAACGGGCAGUGGACACUGUUAGUGUUUGGAAGAUUUCGUGCUGUUUACGUGACCUCCAAAUGGCAGUUCAAGGCUGCGCUCUGCGUUCACUUUGGUGGUGGUUUGAAUCACUUAUGAAAAUGAUUUUUUUGUCAAUAUUUUGUACAAUCUGUGAAAUUUAAACAUUG